AUGAAAGAGCUAGAACGGAAACGAAAGUCAAGGGUAAUCGACAAUGAACACGUUAACAAACUGAGCUCUGAAAAAGCUUCUUACGAUGAAAGUUCGUACUCUACUCGUAUAACCAGAGCAAUUACAGCUUGCAAGAGAUGCCGCUCGAAGAAAAUUAGGUGUGAUAAACAAUUUCCAAAGUGCACAAACUGCAAGAAAGCUGGCAGACACAUAGACUGUUUGUCUUUGGAUCCUGGUACCGGAGAAAUUGUCAGCAGAUCUUAUCUCUAUGAUUUAAACUUGAAGGUGAAAACUUUAAGCGAGGAGCUUGAAAGGUUAAAAAGAGAGAAAUCAGUUUCUUAUGCACUAAACGGUGGUCACCCCGAAUCGCUGUUAUCUAACCGGUCACAAAAGCAGGGUUAUAAUCUAGAAAACUUACCACCUAGAAAUUUUGUCGAAAGAUGCUUGCAGAUAUUUUUUCUUGAAAUUAAUAUUCAACUACCUAUCGUACACCGAGAUUAUUACUUAAUCCAAUAUUUCAGGCCAUUGUAUGGGGAGAUAGGGGAAGAUUUAUGGACGAAAGUGAUAGGGGAACCUAUUAAUUAUUGCGAGAACUCUGAUAUAAAUUCAUCUAGUUCCGAGCCCCCUAAAGAAUGCUGUCUCUUCUUCCUAAACAUGAUACUUGCAAUAUCUACUUCGGCGAGGCAAGACGAAUUUUCAACACUAGUGUCAAAUAGUUAUAAAGAUGAAGCGAUGUGUUAUAUUGAUGCAAUUCGGAAAAAUUCUGAAGUGAAUCACGAUGAAUUUGAAAUGAUCGAAGAAGUGCAACGUCUCCUACUCAUAUCGCUCUAUUCAGUGAUGCGACUGUGUUCGCCGAGUGCAUGGUAUUUGGUCGGAACCUGUUGCAGACUAUGCUUGGAUUUGAGUUUGCAUUGCGAACCUCAGCUGAUGAAAGGAAGAAAACAACAUGGACUAUCUUUUGUGCACGAAAUGAGAAGGAGGUUAUUUUGGUGCUGCUAUUCUCUUGAUCGUCAAAUUUCAAUUAACCUUAAACGCCCCUUUGGAAUUGACGAAUCUCAAAUUGAUGUGAAUUUUCCUUCUAUGCUAGAUGAUCUGGUCGUAUUACCAGAGGAAUUUAAGAGAGAAUGUUAUCACACGGCUACAUUUUCAAAAUCCAUGUCAUUACACUUCAUAAAACUAAGAAGAGUUCAAGGCAAAAUAUUCAAUUACCUUAAUGACAAGAGCAAAAGAAUAGAUUUGAGAACAACCAAUGAAGAUGGUGACAUAGUAGUAAGUGCAACAGACGACUCCAACGACGUAGAGUCUGAUAUCCAUGCACUCAAUAAGUGGAAAAAUAGCACUCUUCUGGACCUUAAUGAAUGGUAUGACAAUAUUCCAAAAACCGUUUCUGAUCAAAAGUUCAUUUCGGCUGUCCUUAGAUUAAAUUAUCAUCUGACGCUAAUAAAAAUUUUUGGAAUAUCCCCAAUUAUUCCCAUGAUAACAGACUACGAUCAUUAUCAUGUGCUUUACAAUUCGGGAAAGGAAAUCAUAUAUACGUAUUCUCAAAUCUAUCAUGAUCAACAGAAGCAUUGCUCGUGGAUUGCCGCUAAUAUCCUUUAUUUAGGCAUUUCCUAUUAUUUAUACCUGAUAGCGAAUUCUCCUGAAAUAAGGACUUAUGUGGACUCUCCGAGUUUUAAAACGACUUACGAACUUGCCACUACUGGUUUUAACGGGUUAGAAGCAGACUGCGCUGAGAAAGUAAAGAGUUACCAACAAAAAAUCAAGGUAUGGAAUGAAAAGGUAUCCAAGAUAUGUGGAUUUGAACAAGAUAUCAAAAGCAGUGACAAAUUCAGCAAAAUAUCGAAACCAAUUGCAUCACAACUGAUUGACAAGUCACAGUCUUCCCCUCACGUUGUCGAAACUAGAAUAAAAGUGAAUAGCAACAGUUGGAGUUUAGGUGAAAAACAUGAGGUUGAUAUGAAUACGGGAUCAGAGUUUUUGUCAGAUUUCUUCAAUCCUGAGGUGGAUUCCAGUCUUGUCUCUUUAAUUGAUAAUUCGAGGUUUAGUGACUUAGUUGGUGACAACCAAAUCGGGGAGGGAAUAUACCUUCGAUUUAAUCAAGAACGCUUUUCUAACCCAAUAUGUAUAGCCGAUCCGCUUUUGGCAUUGAAUUCGAAGUUGAAUAAAACUGACAUGUAUGGCCCCCAUUAA